AUGGAUGAGGAUAUUCAUGCCAUUGAAAAGAAUGACAUAUGGGAGCUGACAGAUUUGCCAACAAAUAAGAAAUUAGACACUAUUCGUAUGAUUAUUUCACUCUCGACUCAAAAUAAAUGGAAGAUACAUCAAAUGGAUAUUAAGUCUACAUUUCUAAAUGACACUUUAGAAGAAGAAGUGUACGUUGAGCAACCUGUAGGAGAUGAAGUUCUUGGAGAAGAAGAUAAAGUUUACAAGUUGAAGAAAGCUUUGUACAGAUGGAACAUUCAAAGCCAGUUCUUACUCAAAGUCGAAGAGAAGUUCAAGUUGCUAGGAGAAGAUAAAGGAAGAACAGUAAAUCCUACAUAUUACAAAAGUUUGAUUAGAAGUCUAAAGUACUUAACUGCAACCAGACUAGAUAUUGUGUUUGGAAUUGGUUUGCUUAGCAGAUUUACGGAGGAGUCUUGUACCAACCAUUUGCAAGUGGUAAAAAGAAUUUUUCGAUAUAUCAAAGGUACUUUAAAUGAUGGAAUUUAUUAUGAGAAUACUAAUGAAAUAAACCUUGUUGGAUACACUAAUAGUGAUUGGGCUGGAGAUAUAGAAACAAGAAAAAGUACUUCAGAGUUUGUAUUUCAUCUUGGUUCUGGUGCAAUUUCAUGGUCGUCAAAGAAACAACCAGUAGUAGCACUCUCUACAGUAGAAGCAGAAUACAUAGCAGCAAUAAGUUAUGCAAUGCAAGAAAUUUGA